GAAUAGCUGCAGCCUGCAUUGUGAAUGGCCCGAGCCGUGUUAACGCAGUGUUUCCUUAACAGGCAGGAGAGCGCUGCAAGAUGGCAACUGCUCAGAAGCAAAGGAGCUGUGCGAGUGCAGUUGUGUUUCCUACCAAAAUAGCCACAGAGCAGCAGUCCCUGAUGCUAGUGAAGAGGCUCCUGGCAGUAGCAGUGUCCUGCAUUACGUACCUGAGAGGGAUCUUCCCUGAGAGUGCCUACAGGACACGAUACAUGGAUGAUGUCUGUGUCAAAAUCCUGAGGGAAGACAAGAACUGUCCUGGCUCCACUCAGCUGGUGAAAUGGAUGUUAGGAUGCUACGAUGCCUUGCAGAAGAAAUACGUCUAUACCCAUCCAGAAGAUCCUCAGACCAUCACAGAGUGUUACCACUUCAAAUUCAAGUACACCAGCAAUGGGCCCCUCCUGGACUUCAGCAGUAAGGACACAGGGAAUAACUCCACCAUCACCUGUGCAGACACCAAGAAAGCCAGCAUCCUCCUCAUCCGCAAGAUCUACGUCCUGAUGCAGAACCUGAGCCCCUUACCAAAUGAUGUUUGCCUCACUAUGAAGCUGUUCUAUUAUGAUGAAGUUACACCACCUGAUUACCAACCCCCUGGCUUUAAAGAGGGUGAAUGUGAGGGGAUGAUAUUUGAAGGGGAGCCCAUGUAUUUGAACGUGGGUGAAGUGCCAACGCCUUUUCAUAUGCUGAAAGUAAAAGUGACAACUGAAAAGCAACGAAUGGAAAAUGUUGAUAAAAGCAUCCUGAAGAGAGGAGAGACAAAUGUGCCUCUCCAGGUGAUCCGAGUGGACAGGGAUGAUCCAGAAGAGGAGAACCGCGACAUGAAUGAAAAUCCCAGCCUGGAUAACAAAGUGGAAGAGAGGAAUAAUGUGAAGAUUUCAGAAGCUCAAGAACCACACUUAACUUGUGAGGAAGAUGGAGUUACAAAGGCUGGGGAGAACCAGAAUUCGUCUGUUUCUAACCCUCAGGUGGAUCACUUGGCAAGUAAAACAUCUCAACUUAAUAUGUCAGAGAGCAGGACAAGGAGUGGGAAGCUAUUCCAGGCCAGCACUGUUCAUCCGUUUGAGCUCUCAUCUAGUCAAGAUGUGCUGCCAAAAAGGAGGAAGAUCAGUGAACCAAAGGAGCAGUUCUAGAUGCCCGUGUGCAGCUGGUCCUUCACAGAGUUCUCCACACCACUUCCAUGUUGUCGUUGAAUGCGAAUGUUCCUAUUGAAAUGGCUGUUAGGGAUCGUUUUGGUUCUGCUUGUAUCCAAACUGGUCAGUUUUGAAAGGAAAAAAGCCUGUCAAGAAGCCCAGUUGAAGAGAUCAGAAGUUAUUUUUCAUAGGAGGCUGUAUCCCAUUGGGA